UAUUGGUUCAGUUUCUUUCUCAUUUCCUUCUUUACCAAGUUAUGCUUUGGCUAAAACUUCAUAAACUUCUACUUUCUGGAUGAAGAUGCAUCUAUUCUAUUCCUUAAACUCAACAUGUUUUCCCAGGGGUGUGAAAAGGUAGCUAAUUUCAGUUCUUGCAUUAAUCUGCUCCUGACUACAAAACAAGAAUUUAUCUCAGCCUCUCAUGUGGAUUGCCUUAUCCAUCAAAGCAUCCCAGACAUGCAGGAGGAUGAAACAUACACCUCUCUUCAGUGGGAUACUCCAACAUCAAACCCUUAUCAGAAACAUUUGUCUUCCAACAAAAAUUCAGGAGUAUGGUGUCUUGUGAUGGUGAUCUUAUGUAUUUUCUGCAUUGGCUCAUUAGCAGCCUCCAUUUUCUUGGGCAUCAAAUUGUUUCAGAUGUCCACUACUAUAAUGAAGCAGCAAGAAAAACUCAUCCAACAGGAGAGAGCACUGCUCAACUUCACACAGUGGAAGAGAAGCCCCAACCUACAGAUGACAUAUUGCCAAACCUUAAUGCAGAAUUCUUUCAGUUCAGGUAAUUGAUAUAAAAUCAAUUUUCACUGUGCAGAUACCAAUGUAUACACCAGUUCCUCAAAAUAACAACAGCAAAACAAAAAACAAAAAAACCCACACAACACAUAUUUCUCUAUAAAUUAUAGUCAGGAUUUCAUAAAAAGUAGGAGAGAGAUACUUUUGGUCUGCUCUUCAGUUCAAUGUCAUUUAUACAUACAUCAAUGCUAAGUCACUUUAGUGGUGU